AUGUACAACAACCUAUUGGUAACUCCUCCGAUUAUGUUAAUGAUAGCCUUGAUCUACCACGGAUCAAUAGGACAAUCAGCCAACAUGGUUGCCCAUCCCCUUCUAACACGCAGCUACAGACGUCUCCUCCUGAUCGCAGUGGCAAUGGCUGUCCUGUCCGGAGCCAUCGCAGCGCCACUUCAAGAACCAUCUCUUCAGGAGGCACUCGCCUACAUCAACACCUUACAUAGCCAAGAAGUUUCCAACGGUAAGCUGAAAGACCUGUACGAGGCCCUGCUCAGGCGAGGCGGCGAAGACAUAGAAGACGACGCCCUUCUUCAGGCCAAGAUCAUCGAGUUCCUCCAAGCCCAUGACCUGCAGAACAAGGCUGACAAGAGGGCGAGUUGUGAGUAUCCUCCACUCAUUCUGAUAAAGACCUAA